GCGGGCCGCCGGGCGCUGCCUUGGAGUAGGGGCGCACGGAGAGCGCGGGCAAGCCGCUCGCUGGGACACGAUGCAGCGCGGCGGCCCCAGCCAGGCGCCCGGCCGACCUGGACCCCGCCCGGGGGCGCGCUGAGGCGGCGAGGCGCGCGCCCCCGAGAACUCUGUGGCGGCCACUUGGGGCCAACUUUGCUGUGCCUGACAGUUAAGCGAUGGGGAGGCACUUGGCCUCACUUCUGCUUCUGCUGCGCCUCCUCCAGCAUUUCGGAGAUGGUGAUGGAAGCGGAACGCUGGAAGAGACGCCCCUGCAGUUCACACAUUUCCAGUACAAUGUCACAGUGCAUGAAAACUCUGCAGCGAAAACCUACGUGGGGCAUCCUGUAAAGAUGGGUAUUUACAUGACAAAUCCACUGUGGGAGUUAAGGUACAAAAUCAUCUCAGGAGACAACGAAAACCUAUUCAAAGCCGAAGAGUACGUUCUUGGAGACUUUUGCUUUCUGAGAAUAAGGACCAAAGGAGGAAAUACAGCUAUUCUCAACAGAGAAGUGAAAGACCACUACACAUUGAUUGUCAAAGCAGUGGAAAAAAAUACUAACGCUGAAGCACGAACAAAGGUCAGAGUGCAAGUGCUGGAUACAAAUGACCUGAGACCCCUCUUCUCCCCCACCUCGUACAGCGUGUCUCUACCUGAAAACACAGCCAUAAGGACCAGUAUCGCGAGAGUCAGUGCCACGGAUGCAGACAUAGGCACCAAUGGAGAAUUUUACUACAGUUUCAAAGACCGAACAGACAUGUUUGCCAUCCACCCCACCAGUGGCACCAUUGUUUUAACGGGCAGACUUGACUACACAGAGACCAGUGUCUACGAGAUGGAAAUUCUCGCCGUGGACCGCGGCAUGAAGUUGUACGGUAGCAGCGGCAUCAGCAGCAUGGCCAAGCUCACAGUUCACGUAGAGCAGGCCAACGCGUGUGCCCCCGUGAUAACAGCCGUGACCUCGUCACCAUCCGAACUGGACAGGGACCCCACGUACGCCAUCGUGACCAUGGACGACUGCGAUCAGGGUGCCAAUGGGGAGGUCGCUUCUUUAAGCAUCGUGGCGGGAGACCUCCUUCAGCAGUUCAGAACAGUGAGGUCCUCUCCAGGGAGCAGAGAAUACAAGCUCAAAGCCGUUGGCGCCAUCGACUGGGACAGUCAUCCUUUCGGCUACAACCUGACGCUCCAGGCAAAAGACAAAGGAACUCCUCCCCAGUUCUCUUCUGUGAAAGUGAUCCAUGUGAUUUCGCCACGGUUCAAAGCGGGGCCGGUCAGGUUCGAGAAGGAGGUUUACAGAGCAGAAAUCAGCGAAUUCGCUCCUCCCCACACACCUGUGGUCAUGGUAAAAGCCACGCCUAGCUACCCUCAUUUGAAGUAUGUUUUUAAAAGCACACCUGGAAAAGCUAAAUUCAGUCUGAAUCACAACACUGGUCUCAUUUCCAUCUUAGAACCCCUGAAAAGACAGCAGGCAUCCCAUUUUGAACUCGAAGUCACAACCAGCGACCGAAAAGCCUCGACCAGAGUCUUGGUUAAAGUCUUGAGUGCCAACAGUCACCCUCCGGAAUUUACCCAGACAGCCUACAAAGCAUCUUUUGAUGAGAACGUGCCCAUUGGUACUACGGUCAUGAGUGUGAGCGCUGUAGACCCUGAUGAGGGUGAGAACGGGUACGUGACUUACAGCAUUGCGAACUUAAAUCAUGUGCCGUUCAUCAUUAACCAUUUCACAGGUGCUGUGAGUACUUCAGAAAACUUAGACUAUGAGCUGAUGCCACGGGUUUACACUCUGAGGAUUCGAGCAUCAGACUGGGGCUCGCCCUACCGCCGGGAGGUUGAGAUCCUUGCCACCCUUACUCUCAAUAACUUGAAUGACAACACACCCCUGUUCGAGAAGAUAAAUUGUGAAGGAACGAUUCCCAGGGAUCUGGGCGUCGGGGAGCAGAUAACUACCGUCUCUGCUAUCGAUGCAGAUGAACUUCAGUUGGUGCGAUACCAGAUCGAGGCCGGAAAUGAACUGGACUUGUUCAGCUUGAACCCCAACUCCGGGGUACUGUCAUUAAAGCAGUCGCUGAUGGAUGGCUUAGGGGCCAAGGCGUCAUUUCACAGCCUGAGAAUCACGGCUACAGAUGGAGAGAACUUGGCCACCCCGUUAUACAUCAACAUGACCGUGGCUGCCCUUCGCAAGCCGGUCAGCCUGCAGUGUGAGGAGACGGGCGUGGCCAAAAUGCUGGCGGAGAAACUCCUGCAGGCGAACAAGCUGCACAACCAGGGAGAGGUCGAGGACAUCUUCUUUGAUUCCCACUCUGUCAAUGCUCACGCGCCCCAGUUCAGAAGUACUCUUCCAGCUGGGAUCCAGGUCAAGGAAAACCAGCCUGUGGGUUCCAGCCUGCUUGUCAUGAAUGCUACUGAUCUCGACACUGGCUUCAACGGGAAGCUGGUCUACGCCAUUUCCGGAGGAAAUGAAGAUAGCUGCUUCAUUAUGGACAUGGAAACGGGGAUGCUCAAAAUCCUGUCUCCCCUUGACCGUGAGACGACAGACAGGUACACCCUGAACAUCACAGUGUCUGACCUGGGGCUGCCACAGAGGGUGGCGUGGCAUCUGCUGGAGAUCCGAGUCCUGGAUGCCAACGAUAAUGCACCUGAAUUUUUACAGGAGAGCUACUUUGUUGAAGUGAGCGAAGACAAAGAGAUAAACAGUGAAAUCAUCCAGGUGGAGGCCACAGACAAAGACCUGGGGCCAAAUGGACACGUGAGGUACUCUAUUCUCACCGACACAGACAAGUUCUCAAUCGACAGCGUGACUGGAGUGGUUAAAAUCCUGAACCCCUUGGACCGUGAGGAGCAGCAGGUGCAUUACUUAAAGGUUGAAGCCAGGGAUCAAGCCAGGGAAGAACCCCAGCUGCUCUCCACCGUGAUUCUCAAAGUAUCCUUAGACGAUGUGAAUGACAACCCGCCCAAGUUUAUUCCCCCUAAUUACCGUGUGAAAGUUCGAGAGGACCUUCCAGAAGGGACCAUAAUCAUGUGGUUAGAGGCCCACGACCCUGAUUUGGGUCAGUCUAGUCAAGUGAGGUACAGUCUCCUGGACCAUGGAGAAGGAAACUUUGAUGUGGAUAAGCUCAGUGGAGCCGUGAGGAUCAUACAGCAGUUGGACUUUGAGAAGAAGCAGGUAUAUAACCUCACAGUGAGGGCCAAAGACAAAGGGAAGCCCAUUUCUCUGUCUUCCACUUGCUACGUUGAAGUGGAGGUCAUCGACGUGAAUGAGAACCUCCAUCCGCCCGUGUUCCCUAGCUUCGUGGAAAAGGGUGCGGUGAAAGAAAACGCCCCUCUUGGUUCUUCAGUCAUGAAGGUGUCCGCUCGUGACGAGGACAUGGGAAGAGAUGGGGAGAUCCACUACUCCAUUCGGGAUGGUUCUGGUGUUGGUGUUUUCAGAAUAGAUGAAGAAACAGGUGUCAUAGAGACUUCAGAUCGGCUGGACCGCGAGUCGACCUCUCAUUACUGGCUGACAGUCUACGCGUCUGAUCAGGGCGUGGUGCCCCUGUCCUCCUUUGUAGAGGUCUACAUAGAGGUGGAGGAUGUGAAUGACAACGCUCCGCAGACAUCAGAGCCUGUUUAUUAUCCGGAAAUAAUGGAAAACUCUCCCAAGGAUGUAUCUGUGGUCCAGAUCGAGGCAUUUGAUCCAGACUCUAGCUCUGAUGACAAGCUGACAUACAAAAUCACAAGCGGAAAUCCACAGGGAUUUUUUUCAAUUAAUUCUAAAACAGGUCUCAUCACAACCACAGCAAGGAAACUAGACCGAGAGCAGCAAGAUGAACACAUAUUAGAAGUUACUGUGACAGACAACGGUAGCCCCCCCAAGUCAACCGUCACAAGAGCCAUCGUGAAGAUCCUUGACGAAAACGACAACAAGCCUCAGUUCCUGCAAAAGUUCUACAAGAUCAGACUCCCAGAGCGCGAAAAGCCAGAACGGGAAAGAAACGCCAAACGAGAGCCUUUGUAUCGUGUGAUCGCCACAGACAAAGACGAAGGUCCCAACGCAGAAAUCUCCUACAGCAUCGAAGAGGGGAAUGAGCACGGCAAAUUUUUUAUUGAGCCAAAAACGGGAGUGGUUUUGUCCAAGAAGUUUUCUGGAGCUGGAGAAUAUGAUAUUCUUUCAAUUAAGGCUGUUGAUAAUGGUCGCCCCCAAAAGUCGUCAACCACUCGACUCCACAUUGAAUGGAUUUCCAAACCGAAACCAUCCCUGGAGCCAAUUUCAUUUGAAGAAUCAUUUUUUACCUUUACUGUAAUGGAAAGUGAUCCAGUUGCUCACAUGAUUGGAGUCAUAUCUGUUGAGCCUCCAGGCAUACCUCUCUGGUUUGACAUCAUCGGUGGCAACUACGACAGUCAUUUGGACGUGGACAGGGGCACUGGGACCAUCAUUAUUGCCAAGCCUCUGGACGCAGAACAGAAAUCAAGCUAUAACCUCACAGUUGAGGCUACAGAUGGAACCUCCACUAUACUGACUCAGGUAUUCAUCAAAGUAAUAGACACAAAUGACCAUCGUCCUCAAUUUUCUACAUCAAAAUAUGAAGUUGUUAUUCCUGAAGACACAGUGCCAGAAACAGAAAUCUUGCAAAUCAGUGCUGUGGAUAAAGAUGAAAAAAACAAACUCAUCUACACUCUGCAGAGCAGUAUCGAUCCAUUGAGUCUCAAGAAAUUUCGUCUUGAUCCUGCAACCGGCUCUCUCUAUACGUCAGAAAAGCUUGAUCAUGAAGCCAUUCACCAGCAUAUUCUCACAGUCAUGGUACGAGAUCAAGAUGUCCCUGUAAAGCGCAACUUUGCAAGGAUUGUUGUUAAUGUCAGCGACACCAAUGACCACGCCCCCUGGUUCACAAGCUCCUCCUACGAAGGGCGGGUUUACGAGUCUGCAGCUGUGGGCUCAGUUGUGUUGCAGGUUACAGCUCUGGACAAGGACAAAGGGAAAAAUGCUGAAGUACUCUACUCCAUCGAAUCAGGAAACAUUGGAAAUUCUUUUACGAUCGACCCCAUCUUGGGCUCCAUAAAAACUGCCAGAGAAUUAGAUCGAAGUAACCAAGUGGCAUAUGACUUAAUGGUGAAAGCUACAGAUAAAGGCGACCCACCAAUGAGUGAAAUCACCUCUGUGCGGGUCUUUGUGACCAUUGCUGACAACGCCUCUCCCAAGUUUACAUCAAAAGAAUAUUCUGUUGAAAUUAGUGAAACUGUUGGCAUUGGAAGUUUCGUCGGAAUGGUUACAGCCCACAGCCAGUCAUCAGUGGUAUAUGAAAUAAAGGAUGGAAAUGUAGCUGAUGCCUUUGCUAUUAAUCCACACUCUGGAAGUAUCAUCACUCAGAAAGCUUUGGAUUUUGAAACCUUGCCCAUCUAUACAUUGACAAUACAAGGAACUAACAUGGCUGGUUUGUCUACAAAUACAACUGUUUUGGUGCACUUGCUGGAUGAAAAUGACAACUUGCCAGUUUUUGUGCAAGCAGAGUAUACAGGGCUCAUUAGUGAAUCGGCUUCGAUUAACAGCGUGGUCCUAACAGACAGAAAUGUCCCAUUAGUUAUUCGAGCCACUGAUGCCGAUAAAGAAUCAAAUGCCUUGCUUGUUUAUCACAUUGUUGAGCCAUCUGUACACAAAUACUUUACCAUUGAUUCUAGCACGGGUGCUAUUCAUACAGUCCUAAGUUUGGACUAUGAAGAAACAAGCACAUUUCACUUUACUGUGCAAGUUCAUGACACAGGAACCCCACGUUUGUUCGCUGAAUACGCAGCCAAUGUGACUAUACACGUCAUUGACAUUAACGACUGCCCUCCCGUGUUCUCCACAUCAUUAUACGAAGCAUCUCUUUUGCUGCCAACCUACAGAGGGGUCAAGGUCGUCACGGUGAAUGCCACUGAUGCCGAUUCAAGUGCGUUCUCACAGUUAAUGUACUCCAUCACCGAAGGCAACAUUGGGGAGAAGUUCCUGAUGGACCGCAAGACUGGAACCAUGACUGUACAGAACACGACUCAGCUGAGGAGCCGCUACGAGCUAACCGUCAGGGCGUCCGAUGGCAGAUUCGCAAGCUUCGCGGCCAUCAAAAUUAAUGUGAAAGAAAGCAAGGAGAGCCAGCUGAAAUUUACGCAGGAUUUCUACUCUGCUGUAGUGAAAGAGAAUUCCACUGAAGCCAGAACACUAGCUGUCAUAACUGCCCUUGGGAAUCCAAUCAACGAGCCCCUGUUUUACCACAUCCUCAACCCAGAUCCCAGGUUCAGAAUCAGCCGCACGUCCGGAGUUCUGUCGACCACCGGCAUACCGUUUGAUCGUGAGCAGCAGGAGGCCUUUGACGUGGUGGUGGAAGUCACGAGGGAGCGGAAGCCUCCGGCCGUGGCCCAUGUCAUCGUGAAGGUCGUCAUCGAGGACCAGAACGAUAAUGCCCCGGUGUUCGUCAACCUCCCUUACUACGCCCUGGUGAAAGUGGAUGCCGCCGUGGGCCAGGUUAUCCGCCACGUGACCGCCGUCGACAGGGACAGCGGCCGAAACGGGGAGGUUCAUUACUCCCUCAAGGAGCACCACGAACACUUCCAGAUUGGAUCCUCUGGGGAGAUCUCACUGAAAAAGCCGUUUGAACCGGACACCUUGAAUAAAGAGUAUCUCAUCACAGUGGUUGCCAGAGAUGGAGGAGAUCCAGCUUUCUCCGCCGAGGUCAUCGUCCCCAUCACCGUGAUGAACAAAGCCAUGCCCGUGUUUGAAAAGCCUUUCUACAGUGCCGAGAUCCCAGAGAAUGCACAGCUGCACAGCCCCGUUGUCCACAUACAAGCCAACAGUCCGGAGGGCCUGAAAGUGCACUACAGCAUCACUGAGGGCGAUCCUUUCAGCCAGUUCACCAUUAACUUCAACACCGGAGUUAUCAGUGUCGUGGCGCCCCUGGACUUCGAGUCCCACCCGGCAUAUAAACUGAGCAUCCGAGCCACGGACUCCUUGACUGGCGCUCACGCCGAGGUCUUUGUGGACAUAAUUGUGGAGGACAUCAAUGACAACCCUCCUGUGUUUGCCCAGCAGUCUUAUGCCACCACCCUGUCCGAGGCAUCUGUAAUUGGGACGUCUGUGGUGCAAGUCAGAGCAACAGAUGCUGACUCGGAACCAAACAGAGGGAUUUCCUACCACAUGGUGGGGAAUCACAGCAAGAGCCACGAUCAUUUUCACAUAGACAGUGGCACUGGCCUCAUCUCGCUGGUCAGGACUCUGGACUAUGAGCAGUUCCGGCAGCACCAGAUUUCCGUGAGGGCUGUUGAUGGCGGCAUGCCCCCUCUGAGCAGCGAUGUGGUCGUCACGGUGGACGUCACCGACCUCAAUGAUCACCCUCCCCUCUUUGACCAGCAGCUUUACGAAGCUAGAAUUAGUGAGCAUGCUGCCCACGGGCAUUUUGUGACCUGUGUAAGGGCCUAUGAUGCAGACAGUUCAGACACAGACAAGUUGGAAUAUUCCAUCCUGUCUGGCAAUGACCAUAAGAAUUUUGUCAUCGACAGCAAGACAGGGAUCAUUACACUCUCAAACCUUCGCCGGCACGCCUUGAAGCCAUCCUACAGCCUCCAGGUGUCUGCGUCGGAUGGAGUUUUUAGGAGUUCUGCUCAGGUUCACGUGACUGUGAUUGGAGGCAAUUUGCACAGUCCUGUGUUUCUUCAGAACGAGUAUGAAGUGGAGCUCGCUGAAAAUGCUCCCCUGCACACUCUGGUGACCGAGGUCAAAGCAUCCGAUGGGGAUUCGGGUAUUUAUGGUCAUGUUACCUACCACAUUGUCAAUGACUUCGCCAAAGACCGGUUUUACACAAAUGAACGGGGGCAGAUCUUUACUUUAGAAAAGCUUGAUCGAGAAACUCCAGCAGAGAAAGUAAUCCCCAUUCGUUUCAUGGCCAAGGACGCUGGAGGCAAGGUUGCCUUCUGCACCAUUAACGUCAUCCUCACAGAUGACAAUGACAAUGCCCCACAGUUUCGAGCAACCAAGUUUGAGGUGAACAUAGGGUCCAAUGCUCCCAAAGGGACGUCAGUCAUCAAAGUCCUCGCCAGUGACGCUGAUGAGGGCUCCAACGCCGACAUCACCUAUGCCAUUGAAGCAGAUUCCGAAAGCGUUAAAGAGAAUUUGGAAAUCAACAGAGCGUCCGGCGUAAUUACUACAAAGGAAAGUUUAAUUGGCUUGGAGAACGAGGUCUUCACUUUCUUCGUCAGAGCUGUGGACAACGGGUCCCCACAAAGAGAAUCGGUUGUUCCCGUCUAUGUGAAAGUGCUCCCACCAGAAAUGCGGCUUCCCAGGUUUUCAGAGCCGUUUUACACCUACACAGUUUCUGAAGACGUGCCCAUCGGAACCGAAAUAGACCUCAUUCGAGCAGAACACAGCGGAACUGUCCUUUACAGCCUGGUCAAAGGGAAUACCCCUGAGAGCAACAGAGAUGAGUUCUUUGUGAUCGACAGGCAGAGCGGGAGGCUGAAACUGGAGAAGAGUCUUGACCACGAGUCCACGAAGUGGUUCCAGUUCUCCGUGCUUGCCAGGUGCACUCACGGUGACUACGAGCUGGUGGCUUCUGUCGACGUUAGCAUCCAGGUGAAGGAUGCCAACGAUAACAGCCCUGUCUUGGAGUCUAGUCCAUACGAGGCCUUUAUUGUUGAAAACCUGCCAGCAGGGAGCAGAGUCAUUCAGAUCAGGGCAUCUGACCUGGAUUCAGGAAGCAACGGCCAGGUCAUGUAUAAUCUAGAUCAGUCACAAAGCGUGGACGUCAUCGAAUCCUUUGCCAUUAACAUGGAAACGGGCUGGAUCACCACGCUGAGGGAACUGGACCAUGAAAAGAGAGACAGCUACCAGAUCAAGGUGGUUGCGUCCGAUCACGGUGAGAAGGUUCAGCUCUCCUCCACAGCCAUUGUGGAUGUCACGGUCACUGAUGUCAACGACAGCCCCCCUCGGUUCACGGCCGAGAUCUACAAAGGGACCGUGAGUGAAGAUGACCCUCCUGGGGGUGUGAUUGCCAUCGUGAGCACUACAGAUGCUGAUUCUGAGGAGAUCAAUAGACAAGUUACAUACUACAUAACAGGCGGGGAUCCUUUGGGGCAGUUUGCUAUUGAAAAUAUACAGAACGAAUGGAAGGUCUAUGUGAAGAAACCUCUAGAUAGAGAGGAAAGGGACAGUUACCUUCUGACCAUCACAGCAACCGACGGGACCUUCUCAUCCAAAGCUAUAGUUGAAGUCAAAGUCCUUGAUGCAAAUGACAACAGUCCCGUUUGUGAAAAGACUUUAUAUUCUGACACGAUUCCAGAAGAUGCCUUUCCUGGGAAGCUGAUCAUGCAGGUCUCUGCGACAGAUGCAGAUAUCCGUUCCAAUGCUGAAAUUACUUACACAUUAUUUGGUCCAGGUGCAGAAAAAUUCAAACUAAAUCCAGACACAGGGGAACUGAAAACAUCGGCCCCCCUUGAUCGCGAGGAGCAAGCAACUUACCAUCUUCUCGUCAAGGCCACUGAUGGAGGGGGAAGGUUCUGCCAAGCUAGCGUUGUGCUCACGUUAGAGGACGUGAAUGAUAACGCCCCCGAGUUCUCUGCUGAUCCCUACACCAUCACCGUGUUUGAAAACACAGAGCCGGGCACACUCCUGACCAGAGUGCAGGCCACGGAUGCGGAUGCAGGACUGAAUCGGAAAAUCUCCUACUCACUGCUUAACUCCGCUGAUGGGCAGUUCUCCAUUAAUGAAUUUUCUGGAAUCAUUCAGUUAGAAAAGCCUUUGGAUAGAGAACUCCAGGCAGUAUACACUCUGACUUUGAAAGCUGUUGAUCACGGUUUGCCCAGAAGGUUGACAGCUACCGGCACCAUUGUCCUAUCUGUUUUGGAUAUAAAUGACAACCCGCCCGUGUUUGAAUACCGUGAAUACGGUGCCACGGUGUCUGAGGAUAUUCUCAUUGGGACUGAAGUUCUCCAAGUGUACGCAGCGAGUCGGGACAUUGAAGCAAAUGCAGAAAUCACCUACUCUAUCAUAAGUGGGAAUGAACACGGAAAAUUCAGCAUCGACUCUAAAACAGGGGCCAUAUUUAUCAUUGAGAAUCUGGACUAUGAAAGCUCUCAUGAAUAUUACCUGACUGUAGAGGCCACUGACGGAGGCACCCCAUCAUUGAGCGACGUUGCCACCGUGAGCAUCAAUGUGACAGACAUCAACGACAACGCCCCAGUGUUCAGCCAAGACACCUACACAGCCGUCGUCAGCGAGGACGCUGUUCUUGAACAGUCUGUCAUUACGGUUAUGGCAGAUGAUGCUGACGGACCUUCAAACAGCCACAUCCACUAUGCGAUUAUAGAUGGCAACCAGGGAAGUCCAUUUACAAUCGACCCUGCUAGAGGAGAAGUGAAGGUGACCAAACUUCUAGACCGGGAAACAAUUUCAGGCUACACGCUCACCGUGCAGGCCUCUGACAAUGGCAGUCCCCCCAGAGUGGCCACGACCACCGUGAACAUCGACGUGUCUGAUGUUAACGACAACGCCCCCGUCUUCUCCAGGGGGAACUACAGCCUGAUCAUCCAGGAGAACAAGCCCGUGGGGUUCAGCGUGCUGCAGCUGGUGGUGACGGACAGGGACUCCUCCCACAACGGCCCCCCCUUCUUCUUCAGCAUCGUGAGCGGGAACGAAGAGGGGGCGUUUGAAGUCAACCAGCAGGGAGCCCUCCUGACGGCAGCCGCCAUAAAUAGGAAAGUGAAGGAUCAUUACUUACUGCAUGUUAAGGUGGCAGACAAUGGGAAGCCUCAGCUGUCGUCUCUGACGUAUAUUGACAUCAGGGUCAUUGAAGAGAGCGUCUAUCCUCCGGCAAUCCUGCCGCUGGAGAUUUUCAUCACUGCUUUCGGAGAGGAGUACUCGGGCGGCGUCAUCGGGAAGAUCCACGCCACCGACCAAGACGUGUAUGACACGUUAACCUACAGCCUCGACCCGCAGAUGGACAACCUCUUCUCCGUGUCCAGCACAGGGGGCAAGCUGAUCGCGCACAAGAAGCUGGACAUAGGGCAGUACCUCCUCAACGUGAGCGUGACGGACGGCAAGUUCACCACCGCGGCCGACAUCAUGGUGCAGGUCAGACAGGUGACGCAGGAGAUGCUCAACCAGACGGUCGCCGUCCGCUUCGCUAACCUCACCCCGGAAGAGUUCGUCGGCGACUACUGGCGCAACUUCCAGCGAGCUCUGCGGAACAUCCUGGGCGUGAGGAGGAACGACAUUCAGAUCGUCAGCUUGCAGCCCGCCGAGCCUCACCCGCACCUGGACGUCUUGCUGUUUGUAGAGAGGUCAGGUGUCGCCCACGUUUCCACCAGACAGCUCCUGCAGAAGAUCAACUCUUCCGUGUCAGACGUCGAGGAGAUCAUCGGUGUGAGGAUCCUGGAGGUGUUCCGGAAGCUGUGUGCGGGCCUCGACUGCCCCUGGAAGUUCUGUGACGAGAAGGUGUCCGUGGACGAGAGUGUGAUGUCAACGCACAGCACAGCCAGACUGAGCUUUGUGACCCCGCGCCACCGGCGGACGGCCAUGUGCCUCUGCAGAGAGGGAAAAUGCCCACUUGUACAUCAUGGAUGUGAAGACAAUCCGUGCCCUGAAGGAUCGGAAUGUGUCACUGACCCCAGAGAGGAGACGUAUACCUGCGUCUGUCCAGGUGGCAAGUCUGGUCAGUGCCCAGGGAGUGCAUCCGUAACAUUUACUGGAAACAGCUUUGUGAAAUAUCGUCUAAUGGAGAAUGAAAACAAGUUAGAGAUGAAGCUGACCAUGAGGCUUCGAACGUACUCUGCCCACGCGGUUGUCAUGUAUGCUCGAGGGACCGACUACAGCAUCUUGGAGAUCCACAACGGGAAGCUGCAGUACAAGUUCGACUGUGGCAGCGGCCCCGGCAUCGUCUCGGUGCAGAGCACCCAGGUCAACGACGGGCUGUGGCACUCUGUGUCCCUGGAGGUGAACGGGAACUACGCCAGGCUGGUUCUGGAUCAGGUCCACACCGCCUCGGGCACAGCCCCGGGGACACUGAAAACCCUCAACCUCGACAGCCAUGUGUAUUUUGGGGGCCACGUCCGCCAGCAGGGCUUGCGGCAGGGACGGAGCCCCCAGGUGGGCAAUGGUUUCCGGGGCUGCAUGGACUCCAUUUACCUGAACGGGCAGGAGCUGCCGUUAAACAACAGACCCAGGAGCUACGCGCACAUCGAGGAGUCGGUGGAUGUGUCUCCCGGGUGCUUGCUGAUGGCGACGGAGGACUGCUCGAGCAGCCCCUGCCAGAACGGGGGCGUCUGCCACCCAUCCCCGACGGGAGGUUAUUACUGCAAAUGCAACGCCUUGUACGUCGGGACCUACUGCGAGGUGAGCGUCAACCCGUGUUCCUCCAACCCCUGCCUGUACGGCGGCACCUGCAUUGUGGACAACGGAGACUUCGUCUGCCAGUGCAGAGGACUGUACUCUGGUCAGAGGUGCCAGCUCAGCCCCUACUGCAAGGAUGAACCUUGUAAAAACGGUGGAACGUGUUUUGACAGUUUGGAUGGUGCUGUCUGUCAGUGUGACUCAGGUUUUAGGGGAGAAAGGUGUCAGAGCGACGUGGACGAAUGUGCUGGCAGCCCCUGCCGGAACGGGGCCCUCUGUGAGAACACGCACGGCUCCUACCACUGCAACUGCAGCCACGAGUACAAGGGGAAGCACUGCGAAGACGUGGCUCCCAACCAGUACGUGUCGACCCCCUGGAACAUCGGCCUGGCCGAGGGGAUCGGCAUCGUCGUCUUCAUCACGGGCAUCUUUCUGCUGGUGCUGGUGUUCGUCUUCUGCCGCAAGAUGAUCAGUCGGAAGAAGAAACCCCAGCCCGAACCCGAGGACAAACACCUGGGACCCAGCGCGGCUUUCUUGCAAAGACCGUAUUUCGAUUCCAAGCUGAAUAAGAACAUUUACUCCGACAUACCACCCCAGGUGCCUGUCCGGCCCAUCUCCUACACCCCAAGCAUUCCCAGUGACUCUCGAAACAACCUUGACCGCAACUCCUUUGAAGGGUCAGCUAUACCUGAGCACCCCGAGUUCAGCACCUUCAAUCCCGAGUCCAUGCAUGGACACCGGAAAGCUGUGGCCGUCUGCAGCGUGGCCCCAAACCUGCCUCCCCCGCCACCUUCAAACUCUCCUUCUGACAGCGAUUCCAUCCAGAAACCUAGCUGGGACUUCGACUAUGAUACUAAAGUAGUGGAUCUUGAUCCUUGUCUCUCCAAAAAGCCGUUGGAGGAGAAGCCAUCUCAGCCGUAUAGCGCCCGGGAAAGCCUGUCCGAAGUGCACUCCCUGAGCUCCUUCCAGUCGGAGUCGUGCGAUGACAAUGAGUCUUUGGCUGCUCCUGACCUCAGCAAAUCAAGAGGGUAUCACUGGGAUACGUCGGAUUGGAUGCCCAGCGUUCCUCUGCCGGACAUCCAGGAAUUCCCCAAUUACGAGGUAAUCGACGAGCAGACCCCCCUGUACUCUGCCGAUCCCAACGCCAUCGAUACGGACUAUUACCCCGGAGGCUACGACAUCGAGAGUGACUUUCCGCCCCCUCCAGAGGACUUCCCUGGCGCGGACGAGCUCCCGCCCCUGCCCCCCGAGUUCAGCGACCAGUUCGAAUCCAUACACCCGCCCAGGGACGCGCCGGCCGCGGGGAGCCCGGGCUCCACCUCCCGAGGCCGGCAGAGGUUCCACCCGAACCAGUACCUGCCCAGCUUCUACGCCGUGGACCUGUCCGAACCUCAGAAAGCCGGCGCUGGCGACGGCAGCGCCCGCAGAGAACCCUACGCCCCCUACCCUGCGGGGUACCCCAGGACCUUUGAAGCCCCUGCCGUGGAAAGCCUGCCGCUGUCGGUGUACGCCUCCACGGCGUCCUGCUCCGACGUGUCCGCGUGCUGCGAAGCCGAGUCGGAGGUUAUGAUGAGUGACUACGAGAGCGGAGACGACGGCCCCUUCGAGGAGGUGACGGUCCCUCCACUGGACUCGCAGCAGCACACGGAGGUCUGACCCCGCAGACUCGCCCCCCGCCCCCACCCCCCCAAGUGCCUGAACCCCAGCGAACCUAGAGCGAUCCCUGCAGCGGAUGCCCUGCCCUGCACCGUUCUCUGCAGCAGCGCUUGCGCCCCUUCUUCUGGGGAGCCGCCCCCGGGCAUGGCUGCACUGAACCCCCGCCCGCGCCUCCUGACCUGUCCGCCAUCGCCAGUGUCCUGACCUACUGUUGUCGGAUGCGGUUGAUGUCUGCCGCACCAUUUCCAGACUUUUUUUUUUUUUGUAUUUACAUUUGUCCCGUGUUAAAACAAUGAAGCGAAAAUCAGCUCUCCUCUCUCUCGUUAGCAUGAUUCAUGUAUUUAUAUAGAUUUGAUUAUUUUAAUUUUCCUUUUUUUUUGUAAAUUUUAUGUACAGAUUUGAUUUUUCCUAGUUUUCCCCUAGAUUUUCAAGAUAACUUCGUGCAUUUUGUUUUUGACCGGAUUUUGGUGGUGUUCGUGUCAUUUACCUAGCACCCUGAUUUUUUUUUUUUUUUAAUAUAACCAGGGUUUCACUCUCUGUCCUUUUCAACUGAAGUAGGACAUUUCAUUCAUACAUUUGAGUAUAGUCCUUCAUUUCCAGCUGUACAUAGGAUGAGGACAGAUCUGAUCCAUGAACAUGUCUUAAAUAAAUGGGUUGCUGUAUUUUAGGAUUAUAAACAUUUUUCAUUAUUGGAAAGUGUAAUGAGGACCUUCUGCAGAAUCGUUUAGAACCAAAACCACCACGACACAAUUUUUAUAGUGUCUGUAUAUUUGUGAUGCAAGGUCUUGUAAAGGUUUUUACUGAAAACGACCAUUAACCAGUCUUUCUUACUGACAAUAAAUUAUUAAUAAAAUA